CAGUCGUCGCGACGUCCUCGCGAAAACGUCGUCGAUUCCCUCUCUUUGCGACUAGUUGGCCCUCCUCCUUCUCGUCGUCGUCAUCUCGUCUAUUUUACGCUUAUAUGCGUAAUAUAUCUUAAAAUUUUCAAAUAAUUUACGAGGCAUUAUUUACCACAAGUUCAUACAAUUUUUCGACGAACUUCUGAUAUAAUAAUUCUAAUAAAUUUUCUCUCGAUUAAAAUUCGUAAGAGAAAGUUCUUCGAGUGUUAUAUUCGUUAAACGUUAAUCGUUAACUAUAUUUCUUUCUACGGGAUAGUGUUUGAAGAAAACUACGUAUAAUAAAUAUAUUUUUAUUAUUUUGAUGUUUUGAAAGAAAUCAUUGCCGAGACUAAAAAAGAUACAGAAAAAAAAAGAAAGAGAGAGAGAGAGAGAGAGAGAGAGAGACAGUGAUAUCGGUGAGAUAUAAAAGAAAGUGAAGAUAUAAUACCCAUAAAAGGGAAAAGAGGAAGAGAGGAAAGACUUUUCUUUCAGCGAAGAUAUAAUAUCGACUGUUUUCAAAAACUCUGCCCUCUAGAUCGUUCCAUUUUCUCUACAUUUCUUUUUUUAUAUAUAUAUAUAUAUGUAUUUAUAUAUAUAUACAUAUUCACCAUCGACGACGUAUAAACUUCCCUAGCUUUUACGCUCUUAUCGUAUUCGUAUAAAAAAAGCGGUGACUUUUGAAGGAACUUCGGUAAGCGGAAACUCCUCGGAUAUACCGUGCACACGCUCUCUUUGAGAGCUUUUCCCGAGCAUCCAAGAGUCAGUUCGAUCGUUGCUCCAUUCGAAGACGACGACGACGACGACGACGUCGACGUAGACGACGACGGAUGGUUCCCCCGUUUUGAUCUCUCAUCGAAGAUCCUGCUAUCCCCCUCUACACUUUCUGAUCGAAAUAUAUAUAUACUUGGACGUUAAGAAUUCUACCUUUCGAGUGAUCGACCGGUGUAUGUCCGAGCUCGUCGGCGAUUCGCCCAGGUGAGAUCACGUCGGCGAACUUUGAAGAUUUCACACGAGAAUAACAUAACGGUGAGCGCGUCCUCUGCAUGACAACGGGAGUAACAUCAACAGCGAUGAAGAUGAGCAAAGUGGGCAAUCAGACGAAUUCGCAGGACCCACAGGCAGUGAAUUCCCGUGUGUUCGUCGGCAAUCUAAACACGUUUCAGUGCAGUAAGACCGAUGUGGAGCGAAUGUUCCAACGUUACGGUCGUCUGGCCGGGAUUUCCAUGCACAAAGGAUACGCCUUCGUACAAUUCACGAAUCCCUUUGACGCACGCAGCGCCUGUCUUGGGGAAGAUGGCCGUACCGUUCUCAGCCAGAUACUCGACGUCAAUAUGGUGGCCGAGCCGAAACCUCAUCAGACCGGCCGUAAGCGUCAGAAUGUAACCAAAACUGGAAACGAUUGGGACUACUACUACGACAGUUACUAUGCAUCGACCGCUUUUCCGCCUCGUUUGGCACCGCCUCUGAAAAGACCUCGUUUAAUGCCACCGGCCCGAUCCCAACAUCCGAAGCAACAGAAACAACAGCCGAGCAACAACACCGCUGCAGUGCCGGAUUUGAAUCAACUCAAAGUAUACAGUAAUCCAGACAUACUUAUAUGCGGCAACUGCAGGGAUAUGUUCACCGAUCUCGGGGAGCUGCUCGAACACAAGCGGAACUACUGCAAACUGCGGUUCACAUGUAAAUGUCACACCUUCAACGGAGCCGCCCCAAGAGACUCUACGACGGCACUGCUCUGUGUGCUUUGCAAGGUGUCUUUUCCAACGGCAUGGGAAUUGAUGGUUCACGCUCAAGCUGCUCAUAUGAUAAACAUCUACGAACUUGGUACACGGCCACAGAGUCCAAGAUCAACGCAAAGUCCACCGCAAAGUCCAAGCCAGCACGCCAAGGAAUCGUCGCCUUCGCCUCAGGACUUUCAAGAGAUCAAAGCCACGGAUUGCGAGGAACGCGUCGAAGAGGAGGAUCUUGACGGGCACGAACUAAUACCAUCCCCUGACAGUGGCAAGUCAACGGACAACGAGGCCGCUCUAUCUCCGAUCAAAAUACGAUCCGACGUUAAUGGCCUGGAUCACGAGGAUUGCGACGAAUUGAUCCAGGUCGAGAACACAGCUCAGGCCUGCAUCAUGCACGCCCUUAGCAUCGACUCGUCGUCGUUGGAGCUCAACUCCGACACGAACUCGAGGGGAAGUUCUGGCCCGGUCAUGGCGUUGACUAAUGGAUCCUUGUCCGCGAAGGAAUAAGUCAGAAAGAAUUAACCAAAGGAAUAUGGUCUUCCCUAACCUAGGGAUUCCUGAACCAACGCCACCAACGAGACAUAUCGAUCUCCUUUUAAGGAUAUACAUGCAUACAUACAUACACUUAAACAGAGAUAUACACACAGAGAACCGCCAUGUAUAUAGCUUAAAUGCCUAAGAAAUAAUUCAGGGUCGUUCCAUGCCAUAUACUCAAGCCCAUCUCGGACAUUGCGAAUUUUCGGUAUCAAUCGAGAAGGAAUCGUGGAAAGGGCCGGGGAUGAGAAGGUGAAAUAUUAUCAGGAGAAUUCGAGACUAUCGAACAAAGAUCAAGCGUUUUCCCAUCUUCCGUUGGAAUUUCGACGUUCGACUCCUAGACAGUUCGUGAUUCUAGUCAAACACACAUAUGUAGACACACACACAGAGAAAGAAAAAGAGAUACAGAAAGAGAGAGAGAGAGAGAGAGAGAAAGAGACCUAAAUUCAUAAAUGAUAAAUGAAGGAGGCUGUUCUCUAAAAGUCUGGGAGUAUCUUAUCGAACGCCGAAAUUUGACCUAUUCAAAUUCUACGAUAAAGAAAGAAAAUAGAGAGAAAAGCGAAAUUUGAUUCACGAUUAGAUCUGUCCUAGGAACGUGCCGUUAAAACCGAUGGUCCCCUUCUCUCAAAGAAGAAAUUCGAUGCGUUUAAAUUAAAACGGGGUUCUCGCGAAUAUAAUCGAGUAAAGAAAAAGAAAGAAAAAGAGAGAGAGAGAGAGAGAGAGAGAGAAAAAAAAAGAAAAUAAAAAAUAGGACAACGAUUUGUUUCUUCAACUUGGAAUCGAAUGUUUCUCAUCUGUGAUAAUAUUGUGAAUCGCUUUGCUUUGAUCGAUAAGUCUACAAAAUAUUUUUACUUUAGACAAUGCGCGAAUCGAAAUCGAAAUGAUAAUGAAAGUUACGAGUUUCGAAAUGCGAAAAAAAAAAAAAUAACGGAGAUAAAACGAAUCGAUUUUAUUUCUUUGAAUCUCUUUUCGAAUCCCCCGAUCCGUUUCACGUAGCGGGUAGCAAGUCUGUAAAUGAAACGAAUGAAAAAAUAAUGCUCUUAACUUUUCUUUUCUCCCCCUUUCGUUCUUUAAUGCGAAUUUAGUUGUUAGAAAAUCAUUUUAGAAGUAGAACAUAUAUAUAGAGGUAAUCAGACCGUCCGUACGUGGUAGACUCUACGAAGGAUUUAUAGAUAAAGGUUUCUUCUGAAUACACAAGGUACAGAAAUAGAGAAAAAGAGAGAGAGAGAGAGAGAGAGAGAGAGAGAGAGAGAAAGAGAGAGAGAGAAAAAGAGAGAGAGAGAGAGAGAAGCGAAAGAGAGGACGACACGAGCACGGUGAUGCGAUGUAAAUAAAGAAUAUUUUUUGCGUUACUUUACAUACAUACACACUUGCAAAACGGUGAUGAUGGGAAAAAAGUAAAAAAAAAAAAAAAAUAAAAAAAAAGAAAAGAAAAAAAAAAGAAAAAAACUACGAAACGAAAAGAGAGAAAGGAAGAUUAAUUACCUCUUAGAGAGUUGUAAAUAUACGCUUGUAAUUUAAGUUAGUGCUUAAAAAUAAAAAAGAAGAAAAAAAAAACAAAAAGAAAAAAAAAGGAGAAAAAAAAUGAAGAAAAAAAAAGUCAUUAAAAAAAUCGCGAGAAAGCGAGAGAAGGAGAAAAACAAAGAGAUAAAGUCAGUGAUCUAUUGUCUUAUUGAGAGUACGAUUACGGAAAUAAGGAAUAUUUUAUCCGCGCGUAUAAAGAAUCCUUUGGACGUUCGCAAAAAUUGUUUCGCCUUUAAUUAAAUGUUUUUUUUUUUUUUUUUUUUUUUUUUUUUUUUUGUUUUUUUUUU